CAGGCAUUUUGCACACGAGCACCCCGCCAAACCUGCGUGCACAAUUUCUAAUAAUUUUAUUCAAGAGUGCCUUCUCCAAUAAAAAGUCCGUUGAAAUGGCGACGGAUGAAUUUUCACAAGAAAUGGUGCAGACGCCGACUUCAAUGCUAGAGGUUGAAGAGCUGGUGAAAAGGCUCUAUCUGCCAGGGAGUCCCGCCUUGAUUGUGCAGAUCCAAGAGACCCUGCAAAAACUGCAACGCUCACCCGAGGGUUGGAUACUUGCCGACAAGCUACUCGAGAGUAAUGAUGAAAAAGUCAGAUUUUUUGGCGCUCUGACGUUUACGGUCAAAUUGAAUGCAGAUUGGGACUCUCUGAGCGAGCAUGAUGUGCAGCCAUUGCUCGCUAGACUGAUCUCAUGGCUUGUACGCUUGGUCUCACGGAACGAGAGUGCUUUGGUGGUGCGAAAGCUGUGUUCGACACUGGUAGCUUUCUUUUUGAGGCCCAGCGUCUCAUGGACACGAUGCCUGCGGCACCUUGUCUGCUCCAUUAGCGCUGGAGAUGCUAUUUUAGAGGACGCUCUGGAUCAAUACCCACCGACGCCCGAGCUGCUGCAACGACUAAGCCUGCAGCAAAUUGUUGCAAUUCUUUGGUUCAGCUCUACUUUGGCCGAAGAGGCUGGAAAAGUCAAUAUUGGAGGGCAACAACAACAUUCCUUGCAUCAAAAUUUGACUCCCUCUAUCGAAGAUGUCGUUGUAUUGCUGGGAUACGCAAUUGCUCCAACUGCUGAUAUUACCCUUAAACAAGAGGGCGUCAAGUGUCUUCAGUCGUGGUUGUAUUUUGCUCACCGUGCCUGGGUUGACCAAGACAACUCUGCACCGCUACAUACCAUAAGAACACUGGUCGAACCCGCAAUGCAUUGCUUGCUAAACGAAGAUCUCUUCGACAUUACCAUCGAGGUGUUCAUUGACACUCUGUCAAACUUUUCCAUCUUCUUUCGGCCGGAAGAUAUGGACGCCUUAUCAUCUCUCCUUGGUACCGAAUGGGCAGGGAACAGGUUCCAGAGACUUCGAGAAAGCGACUUUGAAUUUGAAUCGUUGCAAUUUGGCAGAUUCUUGUUAGCUUUCGGAGAUGCAACAGUGGAUGAUCUGGUCAAGAAAUCCGAAGAGCAGAGCACACGGCAUAUUCUGGGCAUGCUGCACGGGCUUCUACAGUGCGAAGGCUAUCCCAUUGUCGAGGACGAGAUUUGCGAGGAUGCAUUAGAGUUCUGGAAUAAUUUUGUUGAUUCUAUGAGCGCUGCACUUUUUGCCGAGGAAGAAAAGAGCAGACCUUGGAUGGGUGCAGCUAGACAAAAUGUCAUUCAAGCUAUCGAGGAGUGCUGGGGCAAAGUCCGCUUCCCGCCCUCUGAAGUCCUGAUAACGUGGGAUUCGGACUCCAGAAAGAAGUUCCAGGAUUUCCGCAGAGAUGUAAACGAUCUGCUUCAAUCAGCAUAUACAUUUCUAGGUGCAGAAGUAUUUGAGCGCUUGGUUCAUUUGGCUCGUCAUUCUCUUGAGGAAGGCGCCUGGGAGAAUCUCGAGGCAACCUUGUUCUGCUUGAAUGCCCUCGCAGAGUGUAUCUCUGAUGAUGGAGGGCCAGAGGAUGACGUUCUGGUGCAGCUUCUGGGCUCGUCCAUGUUCUCUCAAUUAUCGAAUCCCGAUAUUCCAGUCCCCCCAAAAGCACGACAAACCGCCGUUAAUAUGCUCGGGCAUUACUCUUCCUUGUGUAAACGCCAUACAGAGCUACUUCCUUCAGCUCUAAACUUUCUUUUCACCACGCUUUCCUCGCCAGCAUUGUCGACUCCAGCAUCCAAAUCGAUAUCUCUUCUCUGUUCAUCAUGUCGAAAGUCUCUUACGUCUGAGCUUGAGACCUUCUUAGAGCAAUACGGCCGGUUUCUGGCUUGGCCGAGUGCAGACAUCUCCACCAAAGAGAAGGUCAUCGGAGCCAUUGCUGCCAUCAUCCAAGCUCUCCCGUCCGAAGAAGCAAAAGCUGCCCCUACCUCCCGGCUUCUCCAGUUUGUGGAGGCGGACGUCCAAAGUUGCCUGAACUCUCUGGCAAACGGGCAGACCGAAGAGGCUCAAGGUUCUGGUGUCGCAGCUCUCCGAUGCCUCUCAAGCAUGGGAAAGCUCUUCCAAGCACCGGACGAUCUACCAUUAGAUCUGGACUCCGAGACGCCUCAAUCGACCUUUUGGGAUGCUGGUGCCGGCAAGGAAAUCCAAAAUCAUAUCGUCAAGCUCGUCGAUAUCAUUACUGGGGCGUUAUCUCAAGACGGGGAAAUUAUAGAAGAAGCAUGCAAUGUCUAUAGAAGUGGACUCAAAGAAACAACACCUGGUCCUUUCGUUUUCCCACCAAGCGUUACCGUCGAAUUUAUCCUGAAGAGCAACCACCUCACUCCACGAGUGGAAAAUGUCCUGACCACUGCCUGUGUCCUUCUCACUACACACUUAUCCGACCAAUCCAUAAGGAUUGACAAUGAAGCAAGACUUAUAUUACUUUACGUUCUCCGGAUCGUGCAAUCCAUUGGAGGCCCAUCCAAUGAACCCGAGAUUGCUCAAAGCUGCGUCGAUGUCAUUAUGCGGUUCAUACCACGCUAUAUCAAUGUUCUCCUCAAUCUUGAGGUCCAAGACGGCCUUGAGAGACUUUUUGCUUUCAUACUAGAUUGCCUGCGCGGGGAUGAUAUUCUACCCAAGCGCUCUGCCGCUAGCUUCUGGGCCGCCUUUGUCUCCCAAACGGACCAACCAGAGCCACUCCAGUCGUCCAUCAACAAUAUCAUGGCGCACAUGGGUCCGCUCCUUGCAGUUACACUCGUACGGAGCAUCGCCGGUGGUGCUCCGCGCAGUGAUCUCGAUGCCCUUGCUGAACCCUUAAAGAAACUUGUCUUCAAGCAGCCACGAGCAAAAACAUGGUUGGAAGGCGCCUUGUACGGCGACGCCUUUCCCAGCGACAAGGUAGACCAGAAGGAGCGCCGGAUAUGGCUGCAAAAAGUCAUGAGCCUCCGCGGCAGCAGAAACACCAAUCAACUCGUCAGAGAGCUCUGGAUUGCGAGUCGCGGGACCAAUUUUGCAUAUGCUUCAUGAGCUUAGCAUUCCCUCGCAUCAUCAAUUAUCUGGACUCACAUGCUCUUCUCACUUUUCCGUACUCGGUCGCAUCGUAAAAGUCAUUUUCAAGACCAACAUGCAUGCUAUCAUUGCAAUACCCAUUUAUUUAUAUGUCCCAUUAGAAAUUCCAUAGC